GUUACACGUCAGUCCACAUUAACAAGUGCUGUGACACUCGAUUCAUACAAAAAUCUUACUAAUACUUAUAGCAGUUGUAUGGUAAUAUGUGCAAACCUGUACGGACUAUAACCAUGAGGGCGGUUCUGCCCGUUUUUAUGGCAUUAAUCGCGCUAAACAAAGUAUCGACUGAAACUAUUGGCAGUAUAGCGACGAUCAAUACCUAUGACGGCAAACAAUUGGGGCCCUACAUUGUGAAAGAAAUUCACUCUCAUUCAGAUCCCGAAGCGCACGCAUUAGUGGAAGAGGGAAGUGGCGACAUAAAUUCCGCUGACGACGACACUGAGGGAGGUGACGAUGACCCUUCUAACGGACUUCCGGUACGUCAAGCACAAAAUGAACUAGCAGUUCCAGCUCAAUCUACACCAACGCCUGUGGUGACUCAAUCGAAACCGGAAGCCUCAUCAAAACCUCUAGUGACUCAACCUGAACCAACACCAUCAUCUAGAGUUCCACAACCAGAACCAACACCAUCACCUGGAGUUCCACAACCAGAACCAACACCAGCACCUGGAGUUCCACAACCAGAACCAACACCAGCACCUGGAGUUCCACAACCAGAACCAACACCAGCACCUGAAGUUCCACAACCAGAACCAACACCCGCACCUUCAGUCUCUCAACCACAAGCGACACCAGAAUUUACCAAGCCAAGCCAACCGUCAACCCCCGACGGACCGACAACGGUAGAAGUUUCUCCGUGCUACACGAGCUGCAGGGCGCUGGUACCGCAAGUGUCGCUCACGCUCAUCCCAGACAAGAACUUGGUAAAAAGAGGAUCCACAAUAGCGUUUACUUGCAGAUUAAAUGGCAUCACGGAAAAUGGAACUUCUCAAUUCCUCCAAGACACCUCACUUCACUGGGAAUAUGAAGGCGGUGAUCCACCGCAGAGCUGGUGUGCUCUAGACGACCAGCCAUACAGGACCAAGUGUGAGAACUUCAACGAGAUCAGGCAGUUCACGGAGCGCAACGCAAGCUUCUUGAGCUCCCAUAUCGUCGUCACUGACAUCGACGUACACAACUUCGGAUACUUCAAAUGCCAAGUUCGCGUGGAAUGCUGCUCCAGCAUCCUGCAGCAUGAACUAUCUCGCUACGUGACUGUGUGGGAGGCCGAUUAUUCGGUUUACAUCAUAGUUAUGUGUGGCGUGAUAGCCAUGCUGUCGCUCACCAUCAUCGCCUGGCUCGUCUACAGGAAACACGUCGACAGGACACGAAUGCGGGCUUACAAACAGGUGGUGAUGAUUCCAUCAGCUUUAACAGGAGGUAGCAAAGUGUCGACUCAUCAACCCUUCCCCAUUGAAGCAGACGAGAACGACAGUUUCUCUUCCAACGAUUCAUUGUGCAGCGCUUGAUCGGAUAAUAUUUUCCUCGCCCAUAAGGGCCCUUCAAAUAAAAUUCCACAUGGCAGACCAACGACAAGUAGAUUAAAUACCCAGAACAAUCCAUGCUUCAUUAAUCAGCGUACUGAUGUUUAAUAACUCGCAAUAAGUCCGCAGUGAUUCUUGCCCUGAUAAAACAUUUAUUCAUCGAUUUCCAUUAUCUGAUAAUAGGGCAGGCGGAGAUUGUCAUGAAAUAAUAGAUCGAUUAAGAUGUCACAAGCCUCCACUGUUAAGUGAGCAAAAUGAGCAUCCUAUGUACCUAGUCGUUAUAUUCCUUGAACCUAUGUUUCAGUUUUAAUAUGAUGCAAAUACUAUGUAUAGAAACAAGAUGAAUGGAUAGAAAUCUUACAUGCUGUCUCAUAAGUGUGACGAUAGUUAAACUGAUUAGUAGAAUAUUAAGUGGACAAGUACUUUUAAACGAAAUGCACGAUUACGCUGAUGCAUCUAAUGAAUACGUUACAGAAUUAUGCGCGAAAUAUUUCAACAAAAAAUUAUCACCGUUAUCAAGCACUGCAUUGAGUAGCAUUAUCUUGAUGAGAAUUUCGCACGGUGCUGCAACAGCAACAGGCAAGUAACAACUUGUAGAAAGCGCGCGCAUACCAUCAAGUUCCAUACAUACAUAUAGAAGAGCCUUUGUACUACGUUGAAUGCAAUUUUUAGAUUGAAAUUUGGUCUUAAUUUAAAGAUUAAAUUGAGUCCAAGAAGAAAGCCUUUGAGAUAAUUUAACAUGGAAUAGGUCGUUGCAACAGAAUGCUAUACAUUUGUGAUGGCUACGCCGAAUAAGAAAAGAACGGAAGAAUUUAAUUAACAAUUUCGAGAGUUUGAUUGUUUUUCAAUUAAAAUAAGAGUAAUUCGUUGGUUGAUUUGUACUCAUCUCUGAAGUGUUGACCACAAUGUUUCCUACACUAAACCCUCGAACUUGCAGCGCCGUGAAAUUUCUAUAAAAUAAUUAGCGGUUCAGCA